AUGAAACUAUAUAUUUAUUAUUUCGGCCUUUUCCUUACAUUAGCUCUUCAUUUAAAAGCUAUACAGCUUCAUUCUGUGAGCUACACACCCAGCGCAUACAUUGAAAUUGGUGAUAAAAUAUCACAUAGAGUUGGAGAAUUGUGGAAUAACCAAUUCGAAUCAUUUAUUGACUUAGUAUCUAAAAAAAUUGUUGAUAAAUUAGAAAACAAUGUAUCAAACGAUAAAAUUUCAGAUAAAAUGAUGAUUCUUCUUCAAAAUGAUGCUGAGAUUUUUGAUUCACAUCACUAUAAAGAUCAUAACAUGGCACUUAUUCAAACCAUAUUUUUUAGGAAAUUAAAAGAGAAAUUUAAUAACAGUAAUUUUGGGAAAAAAAUAAGAGAAUUGGGAUCAAGAGCAAAGAGUAAAAUUAAAAGUCUUUAUCAGAAGCAUAAAAGUAAGUUACAACAUUUCUUUAAUAUUUUAAUGAGAAGUUUGGUUUUACCAAUAGCUAUCAAAUAUAUAAGAAAAAAUAUUAAGAAAUGGAAGCAAAAAACUUUAGAUGCCACUAAUAAACUCGAUGAAGAUUCAAAAAAAAUAGCAACACCAAUAAUCAAUAGAUUAUAUGAAAAUUUUGGAAGCAAAAUUGAUCAAUAUGCUGAAGCAAACAGCAUAGACUUUGAGGAUGAAAUGCAAGCUCUUGAUGAAUUAGCAAAAGAUAAAAAAGAGAUUGAUGCUCUAGAAAAAGAAGAGAAAGCUAUAUUAAAAGCAUAA